ACGUUAGGGGCUUGUAAAUCAUGUGACAUGUAUUCCACGAAUAUGUUUAAGAGCUAUUUCCAAAGAAUUUGAGGCGAGGAAGAGGAAAUUUCCUUGUGUACUUGAGAGGCAAGAGUUUGAUUGUCUUGUCAAGAUACUAAUCUUUGCAGGAAUAUGCCUCUUUAGGUGAAUCUUGGGGUAGCCUAUAAUAAUACUCUAACAAUUAAUUAAGAAAGAAGGGGAAAUAGCAGCGAAUUUAUUAAUGAAGUGGAGUGUGCUUUCAGGUCAUUGGGAGCCACUUGUGCCGCCAUAUAUAAUUAUUAUCUUGCUAACAUGCGCAUUGUGGGAGUCCUUAAACACAUGAUUGAAGGGACUGUUUUCCUCAAGUGAUCGGAAUUUAAUAAGGUGGUGGUGACUUUGGGUGGAGAAUAAGAAAAUUCUUUGUAUUCAGUUUGAGAUGGGAAUCUGCAUAUCCGUUGCAUCUUCAGAGAUUCAUGAGACUGAAGACUGCCAGGAAAAUGUUGUCUACUUGGAAGAAAACAUUGCUUCGAUCGGAAUUCAGGGACUUGGCUCUCUUUACUCUAGGCAGGGAAGCAAAGGACUGAACCAGGAUGCUGCCAUCCUUUAUCAGGACUAUGGAAUGGAAGGUGGAGCUCUUUGUGGAGUUUUUGAUGGUCAUGGAAGGAACGGUCACAUAGUGAGCAAUAUGGUGAGAAACCGGUUGCCAUCACUCUUGCUAAGCCAAAAGAAUGCCCUAGCAACGAUGAAGACAUCAGCAGAUGACAAGAAUUUCCAGGAUCAAGUGGCAGAUUUAGAGAGUGGAUCGGUAUUAAGCAAGGAUUUGCUUAAAUGGCAGGAGGCUUGCAUCAGUGCCUUCAAGGUGAUGGACAAGGAGAUUAAGCUUCAAGAGAAUUUGGACUGCUCUACCAGUGGAACCACUGCUGUUGUUGUUGUGAGACAGGGUGAGGAUCUUAUGAUUGCAAACCUUGGCGAUUCAAGGGCGAUUCUAGGAACAACAACAGCAAAUGGUAUCAAGGCUGUUCAAUUAUCUACUGAUUUGAAGCCUGGUUUACCCAGUGAAGCCGAACGAAUCAGGAGUUGCAAUGGCAGGGUACUUGCUUUAAAGGAAGAAUCGCAUAUCCAGCGUGUGUGGCUGCCCCAUGAAGAUUCUCCAGGCCUGGCCAUGUCUCGAGCUUUUGGAGACUUCCUACUCAAGAACCAUGGAAUAAUUGCAAUCCCUGACGUCUUCUAUCACCACCUUACUCCAAACGAUCAGUUCAUUGUUCUUGCAACAGAUGGGGUAUGGGAUGUGCUAAACAACAGCCAUGUUGCCUCCAUAGUGAUGGAGGCAGAGAGUGAGCAGGCAGCCGCAAGAGCAGUGGUGGAGGCAGCUACCGCCUCAUGGAAGAAGAAGUUUCCAUCUUCAAAAGUAGAUGACUGUACCGUGGUUUGCCUCUUCCUCCAAAAGAAGCAACAUCCAAGUUUCUUGCCUGCGAAGACCUAACUAGUUGGUCGGCCUCCUCUGUUAUUUUUGUGAUAACCUUUGUCGUAUAAGUUUUUAGAUACUCUUGUGACUCAGUUAGCCACCGUUAACUAUUCUAAGAUUGAGGUCUUGGUCCAAACGAUUGUAGCCACGUUGUAUCCAUUACGUUGCCAAGAAAACAAAAUGUAUGGAACAGUCAGUUUCAUAUUUGAUUAAUGAUCUAAAACUAAUGGCUGA